AUGAAGUUCAAUGACCUGAUGUUCGAAUGGGAGCCCAGCCCCGAGGACAGGCCGGAAGUGCCCUGCCUGGCCUCCCUGUCAGAGGCUGCCUGUCGGAGCCCCAGCUUCCCCCCGCGGGCCUCCCCCGCUCGCCCCCGCCUGCUGCACCCUCCCCCUCGCCCCAAGUUCUCUCGCUUCGGUGGACAGUUUGUGCCUCGAAACAGUCGCCCCCUGUCGGGCCUCGGCAGCCGCGUGACGCACACCCUGGCCGGCCUCCGGGCAGCCCUGGUCAUGGCCCUGGUGCAGGCCUCCCAGCAGUCCAAGUCCGCCUCCGGCCAGCUGGCGCGGCAGCUGACGGCGGCCUGGCAGCAGCACGCCGGCGCGGCCUCGCGCAGGGUGCUCAGCCGGGGCGGCCGGCUGUGGCAGCAGCGCCGGCCCCGGGGUCUGGAGCCCGGGAUCGCGAGCCCUGCUGUGGGGCCGAGGGCCCGAGGGCCCACCUCCGCGACCCCGGAGGUUGAGCGCCUGGUGCAGGCCGGCCUCGCCGCCGAGAGGCAGUACAACGUCCAGCUCGCCGUGGAGUGCUUUGAGGAGGCGCUGCGGCUGGAGCCCGACUCCCUGGCGCUGCACUGCCUGGCGGCCAAGCAGUGGACAGACCUGUCGCUGGCGCUGGCCGCGGAGGACGGCGAGGCGCGCCGCGCCGCCAACUCCCGCUCCGCGGAGCUGACGGCCGCCGCGCUGGCCAUGGCGCCGGGGUGCGCCCACGCGCAUAUGGCGCGGGUGAACCCCACGCUGCGCGCGCUGGGGCGCAUGGCCUACGGCUCGGCGCUGGUGGCCGGCAGCCGCGAGGCCGCGCUGGAGGCCUACCUGCGUGCGGCGGCGCUGCGCCCGGGCCGCCUGAUCCACCGCGUGGAGUGCGGGCGCGUGCUGCUGGACCUGGGGCGGCGGGAGGAGGCACAGGGCCACCUUCGCGCCGCUCUGGCCUGCGAGGCGGAGGACCUGAACGCGUGGCACUCGCUCAAGGACGCGCGGCGCAUGCUGGCGCAGCUGGACGGCGCGGCGCCGGCUCCCGAAGGAGGGUUGGCGCUGGGUGCCGGCCCCGCGGCCGUCCCGGUGCAGGCAUAG